UCAGUGCAUGUUUCUCUUUCUCUCUCUCUCACUGUCAACCUAAAAAUCGCUGUCAUUCAGUCUCUGAACCCCAUCACCACCUCUCCCUCCCAUGUCUUCUUCCUAUAACCUCUCCAACAUACUCUAGUCAUUUGAGAGCUCAGUCCUUAUAAUCCAUACCCCUCCUCCCCUCUUAUUUCUCCCCCUUAGCCCCUCAUCCCUCAAGUUCAUGAAUCACUAAAUAAAAAAAUGGCCUUUCCUCCUCAUGCUUUCAUGUUCCAACCCCAUGAAGAUCACCACAAUGACCACCUUCCUUCCCCUACUUCCCUCAAUUUCCUCCCUUCUUGCCCUCCUCAACUCUUCCAUGGUGGUGGUGCGCCGUUUAUGAUGAAGAGAUCGGUCUCAUUCUCGGGUGUGGACAAAUCAGAAGAAGUGCAUGGAGAUGAUGAAUUGUCAGAUGAUGGAUCACACCUAGGGGAGAAGAAGAAGAGGCUCAACUUAGAGCAAGUGAAGGCGCUUGAGAAGAGUUUUGAGUUAGGGAACAAGCUUGAACCAGAGAGGAAAGUGCAGUUGGCUAAGGCCCUGGGGCUACAACCCAGGCAGAUUGCCAUUUGGUUCCAAAACAGGAGGGCUAGGUGGAAAACCAAGCAAUUGGAGAAAGAUUAUGAUGCCUUGAAGAAACAGUUUGAAGCUCUCAAGGCUGAUAAUGAUGCCCUUCAAGCUCAAAACAAGAAACUUAAUGCUGAGUUAUUAGCUUUGAAAACCAAAGAUUCAAAUGAAACCAGCUGCAUCAAGAAAGAAAACGACUGUUCAUGGAGCUAUGGAAGUGAAAACAACAGUUGUGAUGUGAACUUAGAUGUCUCAAGAACACCACUGAUGAGCAGUAGUAAACAUCUCUUCCCACCAUCAGUGAGACCAACAAGCAUGACUCAACUCCUUCAAGGUUCAUCAAGACCAGACCUACAAUGCGUGAAGCUUGAUCAAGUGGUUCAAGAAGAAAGCUUCUGCAAUAUGUUCAAUGGAGUUGAUGAACAACAAGGGUUUUGGCCAUGGUCUGAACAGCAAAGUUUCCAUUGAAAAGUAUUAAAAAACACCAACUACUGUUGUUUAUGCACUUUCAUCAGCUUUGGCUAAUAUGCAAGUUAAAAAAGAAGAAGAACUAGGAAAUUCUUUUUUUCCCUGUCAACUUCAACCCUCUUGUUUUGGCUGUAGAUUUGGUGUAUAGAAUUGGACAUAUUUGCUUCAACAUAUCAGAAAAAUCAAUAUGGAGAGUUGGUUGGCUCUGAAUAA